UGUGAUUCCAUAAAAACAGGCAAAACAGAGGAAAGAAAACGCCAAGCAUAUGCCUUGACAUGGAUGGCUGUUUGCCUGUGUGUUUGUUUGUAGCAAGUUUAAUCAUCCUCCAUUCGUCUGGGGCAACCAAGAAAGGAACAGAAAAGCAAGCCACCUCAGAAACACAGAAGUCGGUGCAGUGUGGGACUUGGACGAAACAUGCAGACGGAGGCACCUUCACCUCUCCCAACUACCCCAGCAAGUACCCCCCUGACCGAGAGUGCGUCUACAUCAUAGAAGCUGCCCCAAGACAGUGCAUUGAACUUUACUUUGAUGAAAAGUACUCUAUUGAACCGUCUUGGGAGUGCAAAUUUGAUCACAUUGAAGUUCGAGAUGGACCUUUUGGAUUUUCUCCAAUAAUUGGACGUUUUUGUGGACAACAAAAUCCACCGACGAUAAAGUCCAGUGGACGAUUUCUAUGGAUUAAGUUUUUUGCUGAUGGAGAGCUGGAAUCUGUGGGAUUUUCAGCUCGAUACAAUUUCACACCUGAUCCCGACUUUAAGGACCUUGGAGUUUUGAAACCAUUACCAGUGUGUGAGUUUGAGAUGGGCGGUCCUGAAGGAAUUGUGGAAUCUAUACAAAUCAUGAAAGAAGGCAAAGCUUCUGCUAGCGAGGCUGUUGAUUGCAAGUGGUACAUCCGAGCACCUCCACGAUCCAAGAUCUACCUACGCUUCUUGGACUAUGAGAUGCAGAAUUCCAAUGAGUGCAAAAGGAACUUCGUGGCGGUGUACGACGGCAGCAGCUCCGUGGAGGACCUGAGAGCCAAGUUCUGCAGCACAGUGGCCAAUGACGUCAUGCUCCGCACGGGCCUGGGGGUCAUCCGCAUGUGGGCGGAUGAGGGCAGUCGGAACAGCCGGUUUCAGAUGCUCUUCACGUCCUUCCAAGAACCUCCCUGUGAAGGCAACACUUUCUUCUGCCACAGCAACAUGUGUAUUAACAACACGCUGGUGUGCAACGGACUCCAGAACUGUGUGUAUCCUUGGGAUGAAAAUCAUUGUAAAGAAAAGAGGAAAACCAGCCUGCUGGACCAGCUCACCAACACCAGUGGGACUGUCAUUGGCGUGACUUCCUGCAUUGUGAUCAUCCUUAUUAUCAUUUCUGUCAUUGUGCAGAUCAAACAGCCUCGUAAAAAAUAUGUCCACAGGAAGCCGGACUGUGACCAGACGGUCUUCCAGGAGGUGUUUGAGCCUCCUCAUUACGAGCUGUGCGCCCUCAGAGGCACGGGGGCCGCCGCGGACUUUGCCGAUGUGGCAGAUGACUUUGAGAACUACCACAAGCUGCGGAGGUCCUCUUCCAAGUGCGUCCAUGACCAUCACUGUGGGUCCCAGCUGUCCAGCGCGAAAGGCAGCCGCAGCAACCUCAGCGCGCGGGACGCGCCUGUCCUGACCGAGAUGCCCCCCCAGCCCGUCAAGCCCCUCGUCCCGCCCGCCAGCCGGAGGAACAUCCUCAUCAUGAGGCACAACUACUCGCAGGAGCCGGCCGCGGCCUGCGACAUUGACGAGAUCGAGGAGGUGCCCACCACCAGUCACCGGCUGUCGCGACACGACAAAGCAGUCCAGCGGUUCUGCCUCAUUGGGUCUCUAAGCAAACAUGAAUCUGAAUACAACACAACUAGGGUCUAAAAAGAAAAUUCAA